CUUUUAUUUUUCUCUCUAACCGGAAGUACUGUUUUUGGCAUUAUCAAGGUUAUUUUUAUUUAAAAAUCUGCCGGAUUUAUUGUGUGACAUGAGCCUCAGUUUGUGUUGGCGGCGGCCGUUCGUGAUUAACGACGGAAGCAGGGUCACCGUAGCGAGAACCAGGACAUGACCGGGACCGGGACCGGGACCGGGACCAGAAGGAGACGCUCCAACCCUUCCUCUCAGCAUUCCCAGUCCUCCUAUUCUUCCCAGCAUUCCCAGUUGUCCUAGUCCCCCCAGUGCUCCCACCAUGAGCGUCCAGCCCCGCAGAAUCCGUCUGAAGCCCUGGUUGCUGGCCCAGGUGAACAGCGGCAGGUACCCCGGUCUGCAGUGGCUCAGCUCGGAGCAUCGACUCUUCCAGAUCCCCUGGAGACAUGCCACACGGCACACGGCAGCGCCAGAGGAGGAGAACACCGUAUUUAAGGCCCGCUUUCUCGCACUCCAACCGCUCUUCCUCAAUCUGGUCUGGCAGCCGCCCUCAGCUGUGUUCAGUCAGGCCUUUUGAGCUGGUGGACCAGCGAUGUCGAUCCUCCGAUUGGCCGGGACUGCUGGGCGGGUCUUCUCGAUCCUCCAAUCAAGAGUGGGGGAUGUCACAGCCUGCUUUGCAUAUAUUUAACUUACACUCAUGAGGUUGCUGACUGCAGCGAUAACACAUAACAACAACAUGCACUGAGUUCAUAUCAGAUGUUUGUUUGCGGCCCUCCGCUAUGAAAGCCCUGCUCUGUGUCUUGCAGGCGUGGGCUCUAGAGACAGGUAAAUACCAGGAAGGCGUAGAUGAACCUGAACCUGCCAAGUGGAAAGCAAACCUCCGCUGCGCUCUGAACAAAAGCAGAGAGUUUCAGCUGAAGUAUGACGGCACAAAAGAAACUCCGGUUCAGCCGUACAAAAUCUAUGAGGUGUGUGAGCAGAGCGGAAACACGGAUGUGGUAGAUGGUGAUGAUGAGGAGAUGCCAAAUAUGAUGGACCUCACAAUCAACCCCAAGACGGGUGACCCACCCUCCUUCAGCUCCUUCCCAGGGCAAUCAGAGGCAGCGUUUGAGCACAUGAUCCCUGUGACCUCUGACCUCCAGGCUCAGGGUAGCUUUUGCCCAUUUGCUAGUGCAUCACUCUCCAAAAAACUCCAGGAACUGAAUCCCCUGCCCCGCCCGGCAGAGUCCACUGGCCCUGGGCCGGCACUGAUGGAGGCCAGUAACAUGGGGGACGUCCAGAACCACCAACCCAGCAAGUAUGACCUGCUAAGCAGCGUCCCACUAACAGACCUUGACCUGAGGUUCCAGUACCGAGGCCGGACAGCCGGUUCGCUGACCGUCAGCAACCCUCAGGGCUGCAGGCUUUACUACGGCCACCUGGAGCCAACCCCAGAGCAGGUGGACCUGUUUGGACCAGUCACCCUGCAGCAGGUCCUGUUUCCUGGGACGUCGGAGGUUCAAAACCAGAAGCAGAGGUUCUAUACCGAGGCCCUGCUGGACGUCAUGGACCGUGGGCUGAUCCUGGAAAUCUGGGAGCAGGACAUCUAUGCUGUCCGCCUCUGUCAGUGCAAGGUCUUCUGGUCUGGACCCGGCAUGCCGGAGCAGGGUCCACCGAACCCCCUGGAGCGGGAGAAGAAGAUCAAGGUGUUCAGCCUCAACGACUUCCUGCAAGGGCUGAUUCUGUUCCAGAGAGGAGAGACGCAGAACCCUCCCCCCUUUGAAAUCUACUUCUGCUUCGGGGAGGACUGGCCCGACAAGAAACCAAAAGAGAAGAAGCUCAUCAUUGUUCAGGUUGUUCCUGUCGUGGCUCGGAUCCUGACAGAGAUGUUCUCUGGCGAACUCAGCUGGUCCACCGACAGCAUCCGGCUUCAGAUCUCAAACCCAGACGUGAAGGACCAGACGGUGGAGCAGUUCAAGGAGCUGCAGAGGCUCCUGCAGAGCCAACACAUCCAGGGGCCGUGGACCCCCAGCGUCUCUUGAUCCACAUCCAGGGCCCCCAGAGCCCCCACGUCUCCUAAUACACAUACAGGGGUCCUUGACCCCCACUCUUCUAAUCCACAUCCAGGGGUCCUUGACUCCGACACCUUAUGGUCCACAUCAAGGGGCCCUGAACCCAGACCAGACGGUGCGGUUCAAGGGAUCCCCCCCCCCGAUGCCUCCUGGUCCACAUCUAGAGGCCCUAGCCCCCCCAUGUCUCUUGGUCCACAUUCAGGGGCUCUGGAGGUUUCCUCCGAGUAACGACAAUCAAACUGGAGACAUGUUGAAGAUUCCAAUGGUUCUAAAUGCUUCAUUUCCGAUAGACUAAAUCUCAUCUGAUGUGAAACUAAAGCUUCACAGCUCCUUCCACAUCAGCUUUAGAAGUGAAACUUCCCGUUUGAACUAAAGAAGUGAUCAUCAGAACCGAUCCAAGAAGUCUGCAUACAUAUACACAUACAGUUUAGUCUUUUUGAAGUAUUGUUAUGACAGAUCUCUCCUUUAAACUCUAACAUGUUCAACGAUCAAUAAACACCACUAUAUACUACACCAGA